AUGAGCCUUUGUAUUGUUUUUUGCAUAAAUGGAUUUGCAGCUAGUCCGUUGGAGCCGCGAUCCAGACAUAACCCCAAGGCAUCGCUUUCUCUAGGCACUUCCCUAAUUGCUCUAAUUGCUAUGGUACCCCCUUCUCUUGCUUUUAUUCAGACAUAUUUGCAAGAAGCUUGGCCGACGGUGGAAUCUGCUUUAGCAGAGUAUGGUAUCAUAUGCAAAUUGGAUCUGGGGCAAUAUUCGGUGAGGCUGGGACGCCUCAUGCAUUACUUACAUGUAGGCUAUUCCGAAUAUGAUUAUCAGAAAGAGAUGAUUGUUGUUAUAGGUUCUCCGCUCAGAUUACAAGCAAUCAGGAAGAUCAUGGUAGAUGCCAUUGUUCAUGACGUGGAUCCUUCUCCCCGUGUGAAUCCGAUUUUAACGAGUUCUCAAGUGAUGAUGGAUCUUAAGGAUUUGCAUUUAUGA